UUCAUCACUGAUCUAAUCAGAUAAUCAAAACUGUUUACUUUCGCUGGGAAUAUUUAGUAAGAUCAAAGGCAGCUGGUUAAAACUGCUCAUUUGGACUAUCGACAGCUCUUGGUUUUACGGGGUUUUUUGCAAUAUCUACGUGAUUAGCUUCUCUCAAAAUCCUGUUUUGAACAUCGAUAAUAUGGAUUAUCCCAAAAUGGAUUAUUUUCUGGACGUUGAGUCUGCUCAUAGACUCUUGGAUGUGGAGUCAGCACAGAGAUUCUUCUACAGCCAAGGAGCUCAAGCUCGCCGGGCGACCCUGCUCCUGCCUCCCACAUUAAUGGCGGCUUCUUCGGAGGAUGACAUAGACCGGCGGCCCAUCAGAAGAGUCCGCUCCAAGAGCGACACGCCAUAUCUCGCAGAGGCCAGGAUCUCCUUUAACCUGGGGGCAGCUGAGGAAGUGGAGAGGCUGGCGGCAAUGCGUUCUGACUCACUGGUCCCGGGUACGCACACCCCACCUAUCCGGAGGAGGAGUAAGUUUGCCAACCUGGGAAGGAUCUUCAAGCCUUGGAAAUGGAGGAAGAAGAAAAGUGAAAAGUUCAAGCACACAUCAGCAGCUCUGGAAAGGAAGAUAUCGAUGAGGCAGAGCAGAGAGGAGCUGAUCAAACGAGGGGUCUUGAAGGAAAUCUAUGAUAAAGAUGGAGAGCUCUCCAUUUCGAAUGAUGACGACUCCCUGGAGAAUGGCCAGUCCCUGAGCUCCAGCCAACUCUCCCUGCCUGCCCUGUCGGAAAUGGAGCCUGUACCAAUGCCCAGGGACCCCUGCUCGUUUGAGGUGCUCCAAGCUUCAGAUAUCAUGGAUGGACCAGUGUCUCAAGAGAGUCCCUCUGCCAGUGAGUCUGGAGUCCUCCUGUCCCAAGAUCCUUCAGCCAAACCAGUUCUGUUCCUGCCCCCCAAAAAACCUGCUGCUUUCUCUGGAGACCAUGAGGAGACCCCAGUGAAGCAGUUGUCCCUUCUCAAGCAGCCCCCGGCCCUGCCUCCCAAACCCACUGCCCGGAUUGCCAACCACUUAACAGAUCCUGGCGCCCCUGUGAAAUUGCCUUGUCUGCCAGUGAAACUGUCGCCUCCGCUACCUCCAAAGAAAGUCCUGAUCUGUAUGCCCGUAGGGGGGCCGGAGCUCUCCCUGGCAUCCUACGCAGCCCAGAAGAGCAGCCAGCAGGCCGUGGCCCAGCACCACCACACCGUCCUGCCAUCCCAGAUGCAGCACCAGCUGCAGUAUGGCAGCCAUGGCCAGCACCUCCCGUCCUCCACCGGCACCUUGUCCAUGCACCCCUCGGGCUGCAGGAUGAUCGACGAGCUGAACAAGACACUAGCUAUGACCAUGCAGAGGCUGGAAAGCAGCUCCGAGCAGCGUGUCCCCUGUUCCACUUCUUACCACAGCUCUGGUUUGCACUCAAGUGACAGUGUCACAAAAGGAGGACCCCUGGGACUUCCGGAAAUAAGACAAGUGCCAACUGUUGUGAUUGAAUGUGAUGACAAUAAGGAAAACGUGCCUCAUGAAUCCGACUAUGAAGACUCAUCCUGCCUGUAUGCACGGGAAGAGGAGGAAGAGGAGGAGGAAGAGGAUGAUGACACUUCACUGUACACCAGCUCUCUGGCCAUGAAGGUCUGCAGGAAGGACUCCUUAGCCAUCAAACUCAGCAACAGGCCCUCUAAGCGAGAGCUGGAAGAAAAGAACAUCCUCCCCAGACAGACUGAUGAGGAGCGGUUGGAGCUCAGACAGCAGAUUGGCACCAAGCUCACCAGGCGGCUGAGCCAGAGACCCACGGCAGAGGAACUGGAGCAGAGGAACAUUCUGAAGCCUCGGAAUGAACAGGAAGAGCAGGAGGAGAAGCGUGAAAUCAAGAGGAGGCUGACUCGAAAGCUCAGUCAAAGGCCCACAGUGGAAGAACUUCGAGAAAGGAAGAUCCUCAUCCGCUUCAGUGACUACGUGGAGGUGGCAGAUGCCCAGGACUAUGACCGCAGAGCGGACAAGCCAUGGACCCGACUCACAGCUGCUGACAAAGCCGCCAUUCGAAAGGAACUUAAUGAGUUCAAAAGCACCGAAAUGGAAGUCCACGAGUUGAGUAGACACUUGACAAGGUUUCAUCGACCAUAACAGUGGGAUUACUCUUGAGUGCUCUGCUGUCUUCAAAACAUAAAUUUAUAAGAACCAUAAGUGCUGGCAUUUGUCCACUUCCCCAUUACGAUGUAAAUCUGAACUGCCUUUUUUAAAAAAAGAAAAAAAAAGAGUAAAGAAAGAGAAGAAAACAGAAGAAGAAGCAAAGAAAGGAAACACAAUCAGGAUUCUAUGUGCAGGAACACCAUGGUGACCACUCCUCAGUCAGAGUUGCUGGCACCACUUCUGCUAUGGAAAAGUGGUCCUGCCCCCAGCAGGGCCCUACCUGAACACUGUCCAGGGACUGCCUCAUCCCCCUCAUCCAGCCAGCAGGCACCACACUGGUUCAGUCUUCAGUGAACCCCUUCCUCACAAGGGACUGUCGCCUGAGUCCAAAGAAGCCAAGGGCGGUGGGUUUGGCAUGGGAGCGGCUAGGUGAAAAUCAUAAUCCAGCUGGUCUAGAUUCUGUCAGACACACAGGCUCCAGAUGGGGCAUUUACUUUGGGGGCCCUUGAGAGGAGAUUCUCGAAAAGCAGAAGACAUCUCUCAGUUACUGCCCCCCAACACACACACACACACACACACACACACACACACACACACACACACACUCAGUCCUGGGGGGAACCUGUGUGGGUACUUUGUUCCUAAGCAUGUGUGCUGUGGGCACAGGAGGUCAAUGAGCAUCUACUUUGACCCCCAGCCCAACCUGAACUGCCUUCCAGAAGACUGAGGAAUAGCAGCUGCCUGCUCAGUUCACAUUCAUUGACCAGCUUAUGUUGGGAAAGCCCAGGGCCGUGGGUGAUCCACACAUAAAUGCCAUUUCUAAGGUUCCCUGUGGCAUUCAUGAGUAUGAGCUGACCAGAGGCUGGGGUCAGAAACUCUACUUGGCCCACAUUUUUCAUCGGCCUUGUAACACCCCGGGACAGUGAUGAUGUGACUUGGCAGUUUUAAUAACUUCUGAGUACACGGAGGCCAGAGUUGGGGACCAAUGUCCCAGUGCCUCUCCAGGGCCUUCCACUCUUCUGUCUGUUCACUGAAGAGUUUCUGCAGAGAGAUCCACAUCUUAGCAAAACUGCACUGGGCAAGACUUUUCCAGCCAUGACUGUCCAUGGUGUCCCUUGCGCUCCUCUUACCCAGAGAGAUUCCGUCUUAUCUCUCUCUCUCUCUCUUGGGAUGUGCCUCCAGCUGCCCUGUUGACAGGGCCUCUAAAGGUUGGGUGUGCACUGAUAGAAGGACACCCCAGACCCUAAGGAGACCUGCUGCAGCACUGCUGUCCUGCCUAAUGGAGCUCACAGACCCUUGGGUGCAAAGCUCUGCCUCAACCCCAGGGGUGUGUUCAGCUUUCAGAAUCACCGCGGUUUCACUAGGUGAUGGCUUACUCCCCGUCCAGCAUCUUUCUAGGAUUUAGAAAGAUGUCAGCUAGCCAUUCUGGCCAGCCCCAAAAGGUUGUCCCCUUGUCAAAUCAGUUGGGACCAUGUUACUCUUAGGACACAGCACCCAUCAGUGAGGCCGUUACAAUUUACUGGAGCAUUAAUGGCUCCACGGCCAGCUGUUAACCCAGGAACCAGACGGAGUUAAAGGAAAGCUUGGAUCAGCCCUACAGGUAGCGUCAAUGCAGCUGCUGCUUUCCUAGCACCAUCUGGACUGAGCACACUUCUGUCCAGCCCAAAGACACCACCAUCACUGGAUCUUCCUAUCAUUUUUAUUAUUAUUAUUAUCAUUUGAAUGUCCAGAGGGGUAUUCAGGGAAAGCGUGGCAGGGACUUUAGCGUGGCUGUAAACACAGUCUUCCCGAAAGGCUUACUGACUUUUGAAUGUGCACGUGGCAGGAGGAAAGAUGCCGAAUUCUUUCCUUGAACUUCCCUAGGGUGGAGGGUAGGCAUGUGCUCUGGGUGGAGGUCCCUGCCUGGCGGAGCUGGAGAGCUGCACUUCCUCUAAGCAGUAGCUGUGUUUUAUGCUGCUGUAGUAUCCUAGCCUGGCAGUCAGGCCUUCCCCGGGCAGGAGGAGUCCUAAGGACCUCCUUGGCCUCCCUGCUGGCCUUGGUUCUAGGGCCCUUCUGGUUGCCUGGGGACAGAAGCUCCAAACUCAUCUGUCUCCCAGCUGCUCACCAGCAGCUGCCACCAUUCCCUUCAGCAUGCCCUGGAGUUGCCCUCCUCUUUAUAUAUGGAAGAAGUCGGACACAAUGCCCACAUCACUUCCUGUAGGGCACCCUUUUGCAGAAGCCACUUGCUCAGAGUUAGGGGUGUGCCUUGCAUGCUCCUAAAAGGUCACCUCCUUUGGGGAUCAGCUAUUUUAAGGCCAUGAUAAGUGGUUCCUACCCGGGCUCAGCAGCCUCACCAGCUGUGGGAUGGCACGUCCCCUCUCCUGAAAACCUGGAGUCUUUAGGGAGCUGUAACCACAUUUCCCCUACUGUUAGGAUAACUCAAGUGACUUGAAUUACUUCUAAAGGGGACAAUUCGACAUUAAUUAGGGAGGGAAUAAAAGGCAAGCUAGAUGGCUUUAACCAUCCCUUUCUGGAAAAGCUGCAGAGCCUCUACAUUCCCAUCUGAGCACUGUGGGGUUCGGGUUAGCAAGAAAGGGGAAAACGUGAAAUGUGUCAGACCUUGUUCUCUUCUUAAAAUCAGGCAUUGCUGAAAACCGCAUCCCAGGUCCACUCCCCUGGUAGAAGAGCCUGCCAUCGACAAACUGGCCUUUCCAAAAUCCUGAACAUUUCAUCCCCAGACACCCUGAGAGCCUUGCCAGGUUUUUAGAAUGUGAGCCUUUCUGCCAGAUAGAGAAACCAAACAACACAAUGGUCCGUGUGAGGAGACGCUCUGAGUUUCUUUCUCCCCUGCUUAUGAACAUGUGUUUGUCCUUUCGGAAUGAGCAUCGUGGCGUGUUGCUUCGAGGAACGGGAUCCCAGGCUCUCCCUGUGCACAGCCAGUGGGCAGGAGUCACGUUCGAUGACUUCCUCCUCCCCCGAAUCUGUUCCCCUCCCCAAGCAGGUGGCUUUCUUCCAGUUGCUUCCUGGUGUCUGUACAUAGUUGUCUUUGUAUAGGAGUGAGUGAGUGUGGUGACCGUCGACCCCGUGCCCUCCAGGGUUCUAAUUUAACAGAUGACGACUGUAUGAGGAAGAUGCUGUACAUAGAAUAUAAAUUAAACUGGAUCUCUGUGGCCUAGGUUUUGUACAUACAGAAACUGCAUGGUAUUUAAAUUAUUGUUUCUCUCUGA